AUUCCAUUCGGAGCACCCCACAAACAAGACUACACUUUACACACAAAAACAACACCAUGCCAAUGAUUGACGGCGACUACGCGGAGAGCUACGGCCUCCCGACAGGCAGCGGUACCCAAGAAGGCGGACUGUUGAGCAGCAGUGCGUCGGCCGAAGCCGUUCCAGGCGAAAAGUUCAUGGCGAGCAAACGAGGCAAAAAGGACAAGAAGAAAAAGAGUCGCUCCAGCUCCAAACAAGUGUCUCCGCCGCCAUCGUUUCACGCAUCCAUGUCCAACAUGUCGUCCAAGAACAGCAGCAGCAGCACGCGUUCCCGCAGUCCCGUCGAUUUUUCCAAAUCCACCAGCAGUUUGGAUGCCUUUGGCAGCAAGUAUGUCUUGCCGCCCAAACAACCAGAAGUACAACCCGAGACUGACGCGCUCUUGACCAUGAAUGUCGAUCCCAACGAUCCGUUGGCCGGAGGCGCCGAUGACUGGAAGGACGAGUUUGAAGAUGAAAUGGACGAAAUUGAAAUGCGAGAAGAAAAGCGACGCAAUUUGGAAGCCUUUGGAGAACCGACCGAGUCGUCCUUUUCCAAGAAUCUGCGAUCGUGCCGCGUUUAUGCCGUGCCCAUUUUUAUUUGUAUCCUCUUUGUCUUUGGCAUUGUCGCCCUCGUUCUAUUUGUCGUCAUGGGCAGUAAGAGCGACAGUAGCAGCAAGAACCUCAAAGUCCAUCAGACCGUCCCGGUCGCUCCGGCAUCGUUGGAUUUGAUGUGUGCGGCUGUCACGCAAGGAGGAAAUCCAAAUCAUUUUGAAAUUCCGGCGCUGUGCCAAGAAUCCUGUCAGAAAGCCGAAUGUUGCUGGAAUCCCGACGGCGAUUACGUUUGCACGUCGGAAUCCAAAGGCAACUGUCCCGCCUAUGAAAAAGAAUGUGGCGAUUGGAAAGAACACUUGGCUGCCCCCAAACCAGACGACACCACCACCACCGGAAAUCGCAUGUCCGUUCCGGAAUUCCCCGCCGGACUCCGAUCCCAAUGUGCCCGUACCGCCUUUGAAGUUUCGGACGAUUGUAAAUUGGGAUGUGCCGAGGCGUCGUGCUGCUGGGAUGACAAGGAAACCGUCGUGUGUUCGGCCUCGACAGUGCACAAUUGCUUGAAUUUCAAAGAACUGUGCUCCUUUCUCAAUGAUCCCAUUCAUCAAGACGUGGACGAAGAAGGGGGCGCGAGUUUUGACAAUAAUAGUGAUGGCGACAACCCUGUCAUGGAAGAGAGCGGCAGCGCCACCGUGACAAAACCGCCGACAAUUCCCUUCCCACCUGCACCUUCCGGGCUGGACGUAUAUUGCGACCCCAGUGAAAUGGAAGAGGUCUCGCUUCAUAUUUGUGAAGACAAGUGUGGUCAAGCGGAAUGUUGCUGGAAGACAGGUGUCCAGUCCUGCGUUUCCACCUAUCCGGCACAAGCUUGUCAUGCCUACACCCAAGCUUGCGGCAUCUUGAAUCGACUCAAUACAGCCCCCGGACAGUCUCAUGAUGUCACUUCUUCGGAAGCUCCCGAAGGAACGGAAUCCUCCAAUAGCAACAAUGUUCCCGCGGCACCGGUCGAUUUGGCCACGAGCUGUUCACAGGAAAAAAUUACCGAUCCGGAUACGGGAGGCCAAGCACUCAUUUCCUGCGAACAAACUUGUUUGAAAGCCAGCUGUUGUUGGCAACCCAAUGCGGCGAAUCCUUGUACCGGCAAUGCGCGUUGCAGUGCCUACCAAGAACCCUGCAGUGUCUUCAAGUCACUCUUUGACAAACCGGACGAGUAUAAUUCCAACGAUGUCACAUUGGCGCCCAUGGUCGUGACAGAAGUGCCAGAUGCACCACAAAGUCUUGCCAUGAAUUGCAACCCCGAUGUGUUGAAAACCAAUGUCAAUAAUGGCAAAUUCAUAGUCGAGUGUGAGCGCGAGUGCUUGAUGGGAGCGUGCUGCUGGAAGGAGAAUCAUCCCACGACAUGCCCCGAUGCUCCUCAAUGUUCUGCAUACCAGGAGCCCUGUGGACAACAUCUCGUGGACGCACUUUUGAGCUUGGAAAGUGGUGGUGGUGGCGGCAGCAGUCCGGCGCCCCCUGCCACGACGCCUGCCCCCACACCCCGCCCACCUGUCAUCGAAACGAAUGUGCCCGAAGCACCCAGUGAUUUGACCAUGAUGUGCAACAAGGAUGUCUUGAACUUGGAAGUGUCCAACGGUGCUUUCAUUGUUCAAUGUGAAAAGGAAUGCCUCGAGGCCGCUUGCUGCUGGAAGGAAGGGCACGCCACUAUCUGCCCAGACGCUCCGCAAUGUUCGGACUACAAUGAACCUUGUAAGGAACAUUUGGUACCCGUCUUGGCUGCAAUGGAGAACGACAACAACAAACCUACCCCCAGCGGCAAUUCCAAUACAAAUCCCAGCCCAAGUCCCAAUGGCAUCAGCAAGGUGCCCGGCGAUAUGGUGCUGCGCUGCUCGGUUCAAAACUUGAGCUACAACCCGGAUGGACGCGGGCUUUGUGAAGAGGUUUGCAAUAAGGCAAAGUGCUGUUGGGAUUCGUCUACGGAAAGCUGUAGUAACGAUGCCAACUGUGUGGGAUAUCACAUUUGCCAGAACCUUCAGACUACACCUCCCAUGGAAAGCAACAACAGCGGCGGCACUUCCAACGAUCCGCCAUCAGCACCCGACAAUCUAAAGACCAUCUGUGCGGCCGAGAACAUUAUCGCCGUUCAAGGAUUGGAAACUUGCAAGGUCGCAUGCGAAGCUGCCGAUUGUUGUUGGAGCAUUGGCAGUGAUACUUGUUCCUCGUCAUCGGCAUGUGCGACUUAUAAAAAUGAAUGUGCCCUGAUGAGAGAAGAACUGAAUCUUGCCGGUGGCGGAGUUGGUGGAGGCAGCGGCAGCACUAGCACCACGAACGGAGAAGCUACCCAGGAAAGCAUCCAGCAAGCCUGCGACAAAGACGCUCAGUAUUACUUGAGGUCUCGUUGCGAAGAUCAAUGCGUUGCAGGUACAUGCUGCAUAGAAAACACAAACUGUCCAGCUACCAUUGAUUGUGCAAUCUACGAACCUUGCAAGGUUUUGAGCGGUGGCCGAAGGCUUCGCGGGUGAGCCUAGGAAGUGGUGAAGCGGGUAUUGCAAAUUCCGAGGCAAUGCCAGCGCACAGGGGAGUCAUCCAGAGCCAGGGUUUCAUCGUACAAUUACUACAUACAUGUUUUAAAAAACUAACUUUAGAGAAGCAUUUCACAACGAUUUCGUGGCGUCUUCGGAACUCUGUAGCUGGUGAAGACCACACAAAAACAGUCAAGCAGAGCCGCGACGAUCGAGGACCGGCGGAACUUAGGAGCAAUCGAAUAUUUCUCUAGAUAAUGGACGCGAUCGAGGACCGCAGGUAAAGAGAGAGAUGUAAUUGAGUGCGAUAAAGGACCGUCAAUGGAGUUUGCGGGGCCUCAACAAGCUAGUUAGUAUCAAGUUGGCUACAUCGUGCCGAUACUACAGUAUGUUGCCACUCAAUCAGCGACAUCAAAGCAACAAUGUGCAAGUGGAUUCGAUUCAUGCCAAGCUUUGGAGGUCCUGGAUGCAAACUCGCACCAAGGAGGCUAUUGUAACUUGAUAGCUAGUUUUCUUGGAAGGCUUCACUAGCUCGUAGCUAGAGAAAGUCAUAUCGGUACCAGAGGAAUCAGAUCCUAAAAGGAGACAAUCCUGGGUAGACCUGGUUAGAUGAGCUGUCACUUUUUUGACGCAGACCCACGUGAGGCAGGUCCGUGGCUAUUGUGCGCAAACGAUGGGUUCCCUUUACUCGUGCG